GCUAAAUCACUUCGUCACCGUCAUCUCCUCCCUAGCUGCCAGCCACUCGGACAACAACAACAAGCAGAAGACACAAUGGCAGCUCAUGGCACCUCAGCGUCAGCGCCGAUCAGCUCGGAGCAGAUGUGCGAGUUCCGGGAGGCGUUCGCCUUCUUCGACAAGGACGGCGACGGCCGCAUCACGGCGGAGGAGCUCUCCACGGUGGUGCGCUCGCUGGGCCAGUCGCCCACCCCCGAGGAGCUCCGCGACAUGGUGCGCGACGUCGACGCCGACGGCAACGGCACCAUCGAGUUCGCCGAGUUCCUGGCGCUCGUCUCACGCCAGCAGGAGGCCGCACGCGCCGACGCCGGGUCCGCCGACGAGGAGCUCCGGGAGGCCUUCGGGGUCUUCGACCGGGACCACGACGGCCACAUCUCCAAGGCCGAGCUGAGGCACGUCAUGAUCAGCCUCGGCGAGAAGCUCACCGACGAGGAGGUCGAGGGCAUGAUCGCCGAGGCGGACCUCGACGGCGACGGCCAGGUCAACUUCGAAGAGUUCGUCAGGAUGAUGAUGCUCUCGGACCAGCAGCAGCACCACCACCACUAG